GCCAGCAUGGGGGGGCUGCGUAGCCUUGGACUGUGCCUGGCUUUGUGCUGCGGUGCCGUGAUUGGUUCUGGUAUGUUGGGUGUCACUGGGUGUCAGUGGGGUUCACUUGGGUGUUACUUGGGGUCAUUGAGUGUCCUGGAUGUCAGCAGGGGUCACUGGGCAUCACGGGGGGUCACUGGGUGUCCUGGGAUGUCCCCACAUAUACCAUUUGGGUGCCUGGGGGACAGCAGUUGCUGGAUGGGCAGGCACCAGGGCAUGGGCAACAGGUGGGAUGGUUUGAACUGGGCAGACUGGAACAGUACUGGGCAGCCUACUGGGCAGACUAGAAUUGUACAGGACAGACAGGCUACACAGGGACUAUGCUGGGUCACCAUACUGGGACUGUGCUGGGCAGACUGGGGUUGUGUUGCAGCUGUGAUGGGGCUGUUCUGGGCACACCGGGACUAAGCUGGGCACACUGGAGCUGUAGUGGGGCUGUUCUGGAUAGACUGGGCCAUGCUGGUGCUGUACUUGACGGACUGAGACCAAAUUGGACAGACAAGGGCCAAGAUAGGAAGACCAGGGCUGUGCUGAUGCCGAGCUGGGGCCAAAUGAGGCAGAUUGGGAGUGAGACCCAGAGACCCAGACAGGAGCUGUGCUGUGGCUGUGCUGAGCACACUGUGAGUGUGGUGGGAAUACUGAGACUGAGCAGGGCAAACUGGGACUGAACUAGGCAGUCUUGGGCUGAGCUGGGUAGAGUGGGGCUGUGCUGGGACCAUGCUGAACAGACUGGGGCUGAACUGGGCAGAGUGGGGCUGUGCUUGGGCUUUGCUGUGACUGAGCUGAGAAGACUGAGACUGAACUGGGCAGUGUGGGGCUGAACUGGGCAUGCUGGAGCUGGGCUGGGGCUUCGCUAUGACUGUGCUGAGCAGACUGGGUGCUGUACUAAACAAACUGGUGCCGCACUGGGCAGACUGGGGCUGUGCUGGUCAGGUUGGUGCUGCACUGGGAAGGCCACACUUCACUCUCCCGCUCUCCCCAGCAGUGCCUGCCCAGCUCUCCGGCGGCCAUUCCCGAUGCCAGGGCCGCGUGGAGCUGCUGCAGGCUGGCUCCUGGGCCUCGGUCUGUGCCGUGGGCUGGGACCUUGCAGCUGCCCGCGUCCUGUGCCGCCAGCUGGGCUGCGGCCGCCCCCGUGCCGUCCCGGUGCCCUGCAGCCCACCCAUGGCUGAGGCGAACACAGUGGGUUUGCGUCAGGUGCUGUGUGCAGGGCAGGAGCUGGACUUGGAGCACUGCGAGCUGCAGCCAGGUGACGCUGCGUCCUGUCCGUCCAACCACGUGGCUGCUGUCAACUGCGAGGAGCCCUUCAGGCUGCGGCUGGCCGGGGGGCCCAGGCGCUGUGCGGGGCGGCUGGAGGUGCAGCGAGCCGGGCGCUGGGGCACAGUGUGCGAUGACGGAUGGAGAGGGGCCAACACGGCUGUGGUGUGCCGGGAGCUGGGCUGCGGUGAGGCGCAGGGCAUGGAUGGGAAGCGGCCACGUUUCGGGCCCGGCGUUGGGCACAUCUGGCUGGAUGACGUCCGAUGCCGAGGGCAGGAGAAGAGCCUGCAGGACUGCGCACACCGUGCAUGGGGAUAUCAUGACUGCACCCAUCGCGAGGAUGUUGGAGUUGUAUGCCAGGAUCCCUGAGCAUCAUGGCGCUGUCCCCACUAGUGUCAGGAACUGCAUCUGUCCCUCCUGCAGCAUCUGUGUGAGGAACCCAAACGGGACCCCGAGCCCAAGCAGGACUGCAACUCAAACAAAUCCUGAGUGCAAACAGGAUCUAAAGCCAAACAGAACUCUGAACCUGAGCCGAACUCUCUGCCCAAACAGGACCCAAAAUACAAACAGGACUCCCAAAACCAGACAAGAUCCACAAUCAAAAAGGACCCAGAGCCCAAAGAAAACCGUACAUCCAGCCAAGACCCAGAGUCUAAACAGAACCCAAACAGAAUCCAGAGCCCAAACAGUAUCCCCUGCCCCAAAAGGAUCCUGAGUCCAAACAGAACCCAAAACCAAACAGGUCCCCAAGACUAACCAGGACUCAAAAUAUAAACAGGACCCCUGAACUCAGGACCCAAAACAGAACAGGUCCUUGAGCCCAAACAAGAUCCCACAUCCAGACAAGACCCAGAGCCCCAAAAGAAUCCUGAGCCCAAACAGGACCCGAAACCAAACAGGCCUUCAUCCCAAACAGAACCCAAAAUACAAACUCCCAAACCUAGAUAGGACCCAAAAGCAAAAAGGACCCAGAGCCCAAACAAGACCCCACAUCCAGACAGGAUCCAGAGCCAAACAGAACCCCAAACCAAAUAGGAGAGCACAAAUAGAGGAGCACAAUCAGGAUUCCCUGUCCAAAGAGAACUCCCAGCCCAAAAAAGACUCAAAAUGCAAGCAAGACCCCCCAAAUCCAGGCAGGGUCAAAAAUCAAAAAGGAUCCAGGUCCUCAGCCCCAUCCGCUGCCACCCCCCACCCCAGCCCUAUUCCUUUAAUAGUGUCAUUAAAAGUGAGCAGCAUCCAUGAA